GCCUAAAGACCUUUGUGCGCCUGCGCGCAAGGUAAGACGCUCCCGGGUCAGAGUUCUGUGCUCGCGAUCCGCCGCUGCGCUCGAGAGUCAAGGUAAGGUGUGCGUCUUGCAAAGCGAAGAGGCAAGAGAGAGAGAGAGAGAGAGAGGCGGCGGCGACGAUGGUGAAGACUGAGAGCGACGACAAGUGUGGGAACGAACCGUGGCGGGGUCGCUAUCACAGGCUCGAGGAGAUCCAGAAGCACAAUCACAGCCAGAGUACCUGGAUCAUCCUGCACAACCGUGUGUAUGACGUCACCAAGUUCCUGGAGGAGCACCCAGGUGGUGAAGAAGUCUUAAGGGAACAAGCAGGAGGAGAUGCUACAGAAAGUUUUGAAGAUGUUGGCCAUUCCACAGAUGCUAGAACAUUGUCAGAAUCAUUCAUUGUGGGAGAAGUUCAUCCGGAUGAUCUGGAAAAAAUUCAGAAACCAACAGACACUUACAUUACCACUGUUGAUUCUCAAUCUAGUUCGUGGACCAAUUGGGUGAUUCCUGCAAUAGCAGCAUUUAUCGUGGCUCUUAUGUACCGUUUCUACAUGUCUGAGUAAAGACCAUACUGAGAAGAAAUAACGGGACAUACUGUUUUGGGAAAGAGAACCAAAAAAUCAUCUCUAACCACAUCAGGGCCGUAUAUGAAAAUAACUCUUAAAAUCCAUCCUCUUUUUCCCAGAAAGCCAAAAUAAAGUUGCUUCAGGAAUAGAUUUCCAAUGCUGCCUUUUACUCAACUGUUUUUAAAUGCUUAAAUGUGUAGCCUUCAUCAACUAUCCAUGUGAUAUUGUCAUGCUGUUCUUGAAAUUAAGAGCACUGGUGUUUAUGCUUUGGUAUAAGAUAAGUAAAACUUGCCUGAUUUCUUUAAAAGAUUAGUUCUUUGGACUUUUCUUGCAAAAAAAGAAAAAAAGCAGGAAGAGGCUCUGUCUAUGCAAAUUCCUUACAUCUUUGCUUUCAGUUAGAAUUGCUUCAUACAAUUAUUUUCCGUUCUAUCCAUUUCUUAAAUAUAAUUGUAUCUUUUCUCCUUACAAAUAAAACUAAUAAGAGCUUUCAAUAUGGGAAUGAGAAAUCUUAGGUGUAUACUAUUGUACUUAACAAAGUGCCAUGGAAAGAUCCUGUUGUGCAAGAGGCACACAGUGCUAGUAGCUUCCAUCUGUGGACCCUUCAGACUGGCUCAAAGGGUUGAGGGACCCAUUCAGGGCAGUUUUUCAAUAGGUUAACUCAUGGUGCCCCCUAUCCAAGUGAAAGUAACUUCUACUUUCAUAGCAGGCUCUUGAGAUCAAAGCCUUUGACUUCCGGCUUAGUUAUGUUGCGAGCUAGAAACGCACCACCAUCACUCUGUCUCUGUUCUAAGUUAUGCUGGAAGAAAAAGGGAAACCCAGAUCUUCGAUUUCUACUACCUGUUUAAAUAAAGUCCAAGUAAAGCACAAUGUGGCUAUUUGAAUCAGGAUUCAUAGGUUUGUGCAACUUUUAUCCUUAAGUUCCAUCUUGGAUCCUUGUGAGAUCCGCUGUUCUUGCAGAAUUCAGCAACCAAAAACAAAUUAUGUGAACUUUCAGUGCCUGUUUGUUGAUUGUGCCCUCUUGAUGAAGUAAGGGAAGGAAAUGCAAGAAUGUUGGUACUUCGCAUGAUAGGCUUAUGUUGUCUGUUUUACCUGUAUGUAUGGUAAUACCAGCUAGCAACACUUGUAUUAGUCACACAGAAGAUAUUCUGGAAUAAAUGCAAUUGUUUACUGUA